AUGCAGCAGGGCAGUUCUGUGCGUUUGCAAGAUGUCCAGCUGAGCCACAGAGGAAGCAUAUCUGAGCUGAAGGGGCUGAAGCAGAGGUUUUUGAUGAGAUAUGCAGCUCUGACCACUAACAUCUCACAUUUACCCUACUUCUCACUCUGUUGGCUACAUCAAAACACAGUCAUAUCUCUGGAUAGCAUUGCAAGCCAAUCUGUACAAACAAAGUUGCUGUACAAAAAUAAAAACAUACUUGACAGAAAGAUGUUUCUUAUGAUGCAUGUGCUUUUCAUUGUAUUGAUUGACUUCAGCUUUGCCAAAGAUUGGUGCUACUUUGGCUGUGAAAACUCUCCCUCCCAUUGGGGUAAACACUAUCCCAAAUGUAAUGGCGGUAAGCAGUCUCCAGUCAACAUUGACACUCAGAAGGUCAUGAAAAACCAUAAGCUUGGACCAUUUGACCUAAUUAACUUCACUCUUCCAUACACUAUGAAGAGGCUGAAGAAUACCGGACACACAGUUGAAUGUGAGCUACAGGAAGGUGUAGUAGCAGUUCAAGGAGGAUGUCUGAGGCACAAAUACAUCGUCCUGCAGUUCCAUUUCCACUGGGGAGGAAGGGACUUGAUACACCACCCAGGAUCCGAACACUCGCUAGAUGGACGCAGAUCUCCUAUAGAGAUGCACAUUGUAAGCAGGAGAAGUGAUCUCAAUGACAGCACAGCAAAUGUAUUUCAGGAUGGCUUUGCUGUGUUUGCCUUUUUCAUGGUUGUGGAAGACAAGCAAAAGGAAAAGCCACAUAUCUGGAAAAACUUUACAGAUUAUCUUCAGAAAAUACCAGUACAGGGAAACAAAGUUCGAAUUAUGGAGCCCUUUUCUAUGGAUCAGCUCUUAAAGGGUGUUGAUCUUACCAAGUACUAUCGCUACACUGGCUCUCUGACCACCCCUCCCUGUGAUGAAGCUGUGGUAUGGACCAUCUUCAAGGACCCAAUUCGGAUCAGCAGAGAUCUGUUAUUCAGGUUCCCGGCACAACUUUCCUUCAACAACGUGCAUCGCCCACAGCAGUUUCUGAAUAACCGUGUGGUCUUUGCGUCAGCUGCUCUCACUGCUGAUUCACUUGCUGGUCACUCAACUGGGCACAUCCGGGUACAUGGGGCUAUGAGUAUUAAUAUUCGGGAAUGGUGCCACGUCAUAAUAUUACUACACACAGACAGGUCAGUCUCUUCAAAAACUAAGAUGAUUGUCUUGCUGGUAACGUUCCUUGCUGCCAUUCUGUGCCCCACUGCUCACAGUGCAGAGUCAACAGUGGAAUGGUGCUAUCACGAGCCAGCCUGCGAUUUUACCAAUUGGCCCAAAAUUGUCUCACAAUUCUGCAAUGGAUCAAGGCAAUCUCCCAUUGAUAUUGUGACUGCAAAUGUUCAGGCAAAUCCCAAACUGACCACAUUCAACUUUACUGGUUUUGAUGACAACUCAACCUUUUUGACAAUUGCAAACAGUGCCAAUUCUGUGGUGGUCAACCUGGAUGGUGAUACAAUGGCAGUGGAGGGAGGUGAUCUUCCUGGUCUUUAUAACUCUGUAAGUUUCCAUCUCCACUGGGGUAACGGCAGCUCCGGACCUGGCUCUGAGCACACUGUGGAUGGCAAACAAUACCCAAUGGAGCUGCACAUCGUGAACGUUCAUUCAAAGUACAACGGGAGUGUUAAAGCGGCUUUAGAUGCUAAUGACGCAACAGGAUUAGCUGUUCUUGGUUUCUUCAUCGAGGGAACCAAUGACACAAGCAAAACAAAAAGCUGGAAAAUCUUAACAUCUUACUUGUCAAACAUCACCAAUGCAGGUCAAGCAACAUCAGACAUCAUGUACCAAAUUACAAUGGACAGUCUGCUUGAAAAUGUGGACAGAACAAAAUAUUACCGUUACCAAGGCUCCCUUACCACACCCAGCUGUAAUGAAGUUGUGAUCUGGACUGUGUUUAAAGACACCAUCAAAGUCAGCCAUGAGUUGAUCAGCCUCUUUAGCUCAACUGUCUAUUUAAGUAACACAAGCCCACAGAUGCUGAUUACUAACAACUUCAGAGGUGUUCAGUCUCUGAAUAGCAGAGUUGUGACAUCACAGGUGGCAGGAACUGUGACUGCAGGAACUGCGACUGCAGGAACUGCGACUGCUGGAACUGCGACUGCAGGAACUGCGACUGCAGGAACUGUGACUAAAUUACCUUCAUCAGCGACUACGACUUCUUUCUGUAUUACCACAAUAUUUCUCUUUUCCAGUUUGUGCUGGAUAUAAAAAGUAGUGUUUGAAAUUAGAAUAAUAAAGUCCACUCUUUAAAGAAUAGUUCACCCAAAACUAAAAAGAAUUAGUUCUUUUAACAGCAUUAUAAUCUGAUUUAAUUGAUAUCUCAUUAUUCACAUUAUUCAUUUAGUAAAUAAUUUGCAAGGUUUUAUACAAGUUCUGUUAUUAGUUGAUGAUACUUAACUGUUCUACAUUUUGCAAAUGCACAGACAUCUAUCUGUGAGCAUAACAUAGCCCUGUAGUUUUGACAGUAUGAUUAUGUGUAUGAAGCUUAAGUUGUUACUGUAAACAUAAUAUGUGUAAUAUUGAAUAUCAGAGAACAUUCCUUUGUAGUUUUUUCUCUCUCAAUUUGACAUAAUAUGACUGCUGAAUACUCUCACAAGCUAUGGCAGACAUGGCAUACAGAAGUUAUUCCAACUGGAAUAAUAAAUGUUUGCUGGGUAAUAACGGCAUGAGUCCCUUUCAUAUCUCUCUCUCUCUCUCUCUCUCUCUCUCUCUCUCUCUCUCUCUCUCUCUCUCUCUCUCUCAAAUAAAAAUAAUAAAUUAUUAUUUUCUAAUGUUAAUCAUAGAGUUGCAUUGACUUACCAACUCAUAUGUCAUAAGUUUACAUACAAUUAGUUUGAAGUCAUUAAAACUGACCGUGUUGAGCAUUCUUAUUUGUGGAGUAUUUUAAAAGCUUUUGGCUUUUGCAAAAAGUUUGUUGACAUGGUCAGAGAGUACUCUAUUAUGAUGUUGAGAGUACACUGAAAAUUAAUUUUGGCUUAUGUGCUCCAUUUCAGGUUUUUAGAGGUAUCAGACAAGGCUGUUCCUUGUCUGGAAUGUUGUAUUCCAUAGCUAUUGAACCUUUGCUUCAACAAAUAAGUAGUAAUUUAAGUGGCUUGGUUUUACUAAAUUGUAAUAAUAGUUUUUGUUUGUCAGCUUAUGCUGAUGAUAUUGCAGUAAUGAUCAACAGACAUAGCGCUGUGCAGAUUUUACUUAAUUUAAUUGAAGAUUUUAGAGUGUUGUCUUCUGCAAAGUUUAACUGGAAAAAAGGGAUGCUUUAAUGUUGGGACAAUGGACUGAUGGGAAACCUUGCCUUCCUGAUGGGUUGUGUUGGGGUAGAGGGGGUACUUAGGAGUUUAUUUAGGAGAUGACAGUGUGUUACAAAAAAAUUGGGAGGGGGUUUUGGAAAAAGUUAAAGGACACUUGGAAAAAUGGAAAUGGUUAUAACCAAAUAUGUCCUAUAGGGGUCAAACUCUCAUUGUUAACAAUUUAGUGGCAUCCUCACUUUGGCAUAGAUUGGCAUGUGUAGACCCUUCACCACAGUUUUUAGCUGAAGUUCAAGCUGCCCUUUUUUUGGGACAAACUUCACUGGGUCCCACAAAGUGUUUUAUACCUCCCCAAAGAAGAAGGUGGGCAAGGUUUGAUUAAUUUACAAAGCAGGGUUGCUGCUUGUCGUUUAAAGAUUUAACAAAGAUUUUUUUGGAAGUUUUGGACUGGAUAGACCCCUCUUUUUAACGGAUCCAACAAAAUUGGAUUUAUCAGGAAUGCCUCUUUUUUAUCGGAAUCUUUUCAAAGUGUGUUUUUUUCCAUGUUCAUAAGAACUCAUAUUCUCUCCCCUGGCUAUUACAAGAACCUUUGAUACUUGGGGCCCGUCUGGACAUUAAUACGCACUGUAAUUUAUCAGGGUUCAUUACCUUAUUUCAAGAAUCCAGGGUCUUCAAUUUGGGACAUUUAUUGACUUUAAUUGGACCUCACUUUGAGAAUGUGGAGGCAGCAUCUAAACAUCUGGGAAUCAGAUCUGCUCGUGUAUUUACUCAGUUCUUGACAAAACUAAAAUCAUGUUUUACAAUUGAAGAGGACCACUUACUGAAAUACCUUUUUACAGGGGAUAGUACUCCUCAUAUUGAAGAUCCCUUUCCAUGUUUAGUUGUUCAACCCAAUCUUGAUGAGUGUUUAGGUUUUUUGCUUAAACCAUGUGAAUUUUUGUUUUUAGAUUUUUUGUCAAGUGAAGGCAAAAAAGUGUAUAGAUCCUUUGUUUUGGUUUUUAAUAAGAAGGUGUUUGAUCAAAAAAUUGAUACACCAUGGCGUUCUGUUCUGAAACUGAGUAAUGAUGUAAAGCCUGAAUGGAGAUCCUUGUAUAAGUCACCAUUAUCUAAGAGGGUAGGUGACAUUCAAUGGAGAAUUCUUCAUGGUGCCAUUGCUGUCAAUUCUUUUAUUUCCGUGUUAAAUCCAGAAGUCAGUUCUGCAUGCCUGUUUGUCUUCAAAGAGAAACUGUUUUUCAUGCAUUGUUUUAGACUGGAACCUUUAUUUAUGAAGUUAAAAGAAUUGUUUUGUAGGUUUAAUUAAAC